ACAUAACGGACCAAAAACAUAAAAGAGAAAAAACUUAAAGCCAUCAAAUCCACGAAAGACGAAAAAAAAGAAAGGGGUAAAAAAAAUCGAAGAAAUUAAGAGGAAAAAAACACAACAAAAAAAGAAGCUUGGUUUUCUCUCUCCAAUGGAAAUUGACAGUGCUGAUAUGACGAUGGUGAAGAGGAGGAAGACGGAGGUAAAGAGGAGAGAGAAUGAAGAAGAUGAGAUGAAAAGAAUUGCAGAAAUUGUGCUAGUUUUGUCAGCCAUGGGAAAGAUGAGAGCUGGAAGAGAUCCAACUGUUGCGGAGAAGACGAUGAUGGCGGAAGCAAGGGCAAAAGUUGUGGCGUUAUGUGAAGAAUUGGCUCCGAAAGAUAUACUUCCGACGGAAUCAUUUGAUGUUGUGAUUGAAGAUUUAGGGCUUAAUCGUUUGAAGGAUCGUGUAGGGUUUCGACCUAUUAAGAAUUCGAUUUCGGAGAAGAUUGCUCUCGCUAAACGUCAGAUGGAAGAAUCCAAGGUGUUUGCUGUGCAGCCUGCUUCAUAUCCAUCUCAGAAAGUGCAAACUGCUGGUGAGAACCGUGGGACACCUCCCACUGUCCGCGUGUCAUCUGAUAAAGUGGGUCAUGUGCCUGUAAGUGUAGGAACGUUUCAACCUCCAACUCCUGUUGCUAAUGUUUCUUCAGCAACUUCUACACCUAUUCGGUUUCAAACUCCUGGCACUGAAGUCCGCGCACCAGUUGUUUCUCCUGUUGCACUUACUAAUACAGGAAGGGAUUCUACCUCCGUGGUACCUCCUAGACUUGAUAGAGCACAUAUAAGACCUGAUGGAAGACUGAAUGGGCAAUCCUUGCCACAUGUUCCAGUUAGCUCUGCAGCAAAUCAACAUACUGUGAGGACUACUCCUGUACACCUACGACCUCAAGCUCCAAUUCAGGCUAAUGUCAGAACAAAUAAUAUGUUAUCAGAUCAACUUCCAAUGAAAACUGACAGUAAUGUUAGUUUAACUGCUCCACAAAUGAAAUCACAAUCAGCAGUUGCUCAAAUGCCAGGGCUUGUUGCCAGUCAAACCGCUCCUGGAGCUCUGCCUAAUAUGCAUCAUCCUGUUCAGGGUAUGCCAUUUGUCCACACUCCAGCUGUCAAUCACCAUCUUGAGGUAUCUAGGUUAGUGCAGAAGCUGUUAACCCCAAAGCUUCCUCCGCGUUCUGCGUGGACUCCUCCUUCAAGGGAUUAUAUGAAUAGAGCACUACCAUGUCAGUUCUGCAAGCUCAUUAUUAGUGAGGUGGAAAAUAUGGUUAUUUGUGAUGCUUGUGAGAAGGCUUUUCAUUUAGGAUGUCUUCAGUCACACAAUGCAAAAAGCAUUCCGAGAGGUGAGUGGCAUUGUCCUAGGUGUGUGACAAUGAGCCACGGGAAACCAUUUCCUCCAAAGUAUGGUCGUGUUACAAGAAAUAUGAAUAUUCCAAAAGUCCUUUCCAUUACAACUGGAGUUCAGAUGCCUUCAGACAGAAAGGGGGGAAUCAUGGAUGAGAAGGUGAAUCAGUCAAAUGCAACAAUAGAUAGAAUCCAAGAUUAUAAAACACACUUUCAGGUGAAUCAGCCAAAUGCAACAACAAAUGGAAGCCAAGAUUCCAGAACACAUUCUCAGGCUGUUAAAGUUGCUGAACCAUCGUCUGAGUCAUUCCCUCGACAUGGAAGUGAUAUAUAUAGAAAUGACAUAUCCAUAGGUGUGAAGGAAGAUGGACCUAAGUUGGAACAAAUCCCAAACAAUGCAACAGAAACUGCAGUCUCUUUAUCAACACCAACUGAACCUUGUGAUAAACCUGUUCAGCAAGUAAAAUGUGAAAAUCUUCCUUCUGAAGAUAGGUUGAUAUCUGAGACAGCGCCAAGAACUGCAGUUCUAUCUCAAGCAAAUGACAAACUUGGUGACUUGUCGGCAUCAAGCAAUCAAACCGAUGUUGACCAGAAGGCGGUAGAUGGUGCUAUAAUUCCAGUGCAUCAACACAGUGAUAGCAAUGGAGUGAUGGAAUCUAAUCAAUGUCACAAUGAUGAAAAUGAUGAAAAAAAUUCUGUGCAGGAAAAUAUAGUUGAGAGUGAGAGAGUCCAUGACCAGGCCGGGGAGCUUGCUGAGGCUUCACAUAGUGACUUGUAUAAUGUUGAUUGGAUUGGUGAUUUAGAUAGAGUUGUGGACAAAAAGAAUUUUUUCCGGUCUUGUCGCAUCAAUGGAAUGGUAUACGAAGUGCAGGAUUAUGCCCUUCUCCGAUUGAAAAGUGGCAAAUUAAUACCUUCAAAGCUCCAGGCCAUGUGGGAGGAUAGUGAAACUAAUUUGAAAUGGCUUAUUGUCCACAAGUGUUAUUUUCCUGAUGACUUGCCAGAGGAGGUUGGACGACCAGGUGCUCCUCAAAGCAACGAGGUCUAUGAGUCUACUCAUGAUAGCAACGUGUUGGCGGGUUUUGUUCAAGGCCGGUGUGAAGUCCUUCCAUUCAGGAAAUUUGGGGAAGAAUCUGAGGGAAGCGAUCAAGGCUCUCUAGAGAAAGAGACAAGACAGCCAAUUUUUAUAAGAAAUUGGUUUUAUGAUGAAACAAGACGGGCUUUCUGCCCCAAUGCUAGCUGAUCUGGGAUGUGGAUAAUUGUUGUAAUUGAUGAUGCUUUCCAUACCUUUUUGUGGCCUACAGCUCAUAUGCCUUCAGGUUUAUAGGUAUUAUAUAGCCGAUGGCGUUAAGCAAAUGAAGUUCGGAGCCUCUAGAUAGUCCUUCACCUCCCCCUCUCUUGUACAAAUGCAGCAUUAGUGAGUUAGUAUCCCUUGUAAAAACAUUUCUUAUGUAGUUGUUUAGAUAGAAUUUGUACAGGGUUUACCCUUCAUUUUUGGGUGCCCAAACAUAUAUAAUGCUUAAUAAUAUCUUAGCCUUUUUUUAAAAUAA